GGCGACCACGCAGACGACAACAAAGACGCGUUCUUCUGUCAACCGUGAGAAAUGAGCAAGCGGGGAAAAGCACUGGAGGCAGAUUUCAACCCCAAAGUUCUUCUGUACAGAUUAGAUGUUCAGCAGAAGUUAGUGGUGAAAGAAGAUGCUCCGGAAGAACACAGCCUGAGUUUUGACCUGGAGGGUCCAAAGCCCCUCAUGCCAGCUAUAAGCGAAGAAGAUGGAGAGUCUUUUCUGUUUUCACACCUUCGUCGACACCAAAUGAAAGAUGGAGAAUUUCCAGAAGACCGCUGUGGAGCUGCAAGAUCCACUAGAAAUCAAGGUCGUGCAGAUUACUCCAACUCCUCAGAGACUGAAGUCACUGAGGACCAGGGUGAUAAUGAUGAUGAUGUAAACAAUCAAAGCUUUGAAGAACUGAAGCACUUGCCAGAUUCUAGGCCAAAAGCUAAAGACAGGAGAAAUGACUGGAAGGGGAGCCCUUCAAGCAGAGGUUCUUCAGUCUCUGUGGAUAAAACCAAAUGUUUUACAGCAAAUAAAAACACAGACUCAAUGAGGAAAGGUCAGGUAGAAAUGACGUUUAGGUCUGGUCACAAUGGUAAAACAUGUAAUAGAAAUCUGAACUCAGAAAGACACAAGCAAACAAACUCAGAACCAAACCAGUUCUGUUGUAAGUUAUGUGGACACACAUUUGGCUACAAAAGAAAUUUAGACUCACACAUGAGAAUCCACACUGGAGAGAAACCUUUCAGCUGCGAUGUUUGUUCAAAAAUGUUUAGUAAGAAAAAUAAUUUGACCUCACACAUGAGAAUCCACAAUGGAGAGAAACCUUUUAGCUGUGAUGUUUGCUCAAAAAUGUUUAGUCACAAACAUCAUUUGACCUUACACAUGAGAAUCCACAAUGGAGAGAAACCUUUCGGCUGCGAAGUUUGUUCGAAAGUGCUUGGUCACAAACAUCAUUUGACCUUACACAUGAGAAUCCACACUGGAGAGAAACCAUUAAGCUGUGAUGUUUGUUCAAAAAUGUUUAGUAAGAAAAAUAAUUUGACCUCACACAUGAAAAUCCACACAGGAGAGAAAAAUUUCAGCUGCGAAGUUUGUUCGAAAAUGUUUAGUAGGAAAAAUACUUUGACCUCACACAUGAGAAUCCACAAUGGGGAGAAACCUUUUAGUUGCGAUGUUUGUUCUAAAAUGUUUAGUCAAAAAUAUAAUUUGACCUCUCAUAUGAGAAUCCACACUGGAGAGAAACCCUUCAGCUGCGAUGUUUGUUCGAAAGUGUUCAGCCACAAACAUUAUUUGACCUCACACAUGAUAAUCCAUACUGGAGAGAAACCGUUCAGAUGCGAUAUCUGUUCGAAAAUGUUUACUCAGAAAAAUAAUUUGACGUUACACAUGAGAAUCCACAAUGGAGAUAAACUUUUCAGCUGCGAUUUUUGUUCGAAAAUGUUUAGUAAGAAAAAUAAUUUGAUCUCGCACAUGAGAGUCCACACAGGAGAGAAACCCUUCAGCUGCGAUGUUUGCUCGAAAGUGUUUAGUCACAAACAUAAUUUGCUCUCACACGCAAGAAUUCACACUGGAGAGAAACCUUUCAGCUGUAAUGUUUGUUUGAAAAUGUUUAGUCAGAAAAGUAAUUUGACCUCACACAUGAGAGUCCACACAUGAGAGAAAUCUUUCAUCUGUGAUGUUUGUUUGUAAAUGCUUAGUCACAAACAUGAUUUGAACUCACACAUGACAAUCUACUCUGGAAAGAAAUAUUUCAGUUGUGAUGUUUGUUUAAAAAUGUUCAGGAAAAAAGUACACUGGGUGGAAACUGAAUCAUGUUUUAGAGUUUGUCUCCAGAUAUGUUGUGGUGUUAAAGAUAAUUUUUACUUAUUUGUUCAUUUCUCUUCCACUUGGUUUUCAUUUACAUUUAAUCACUCUGUCCUUAGUUGCAGGACACUGACUCUGGAGGACCUAUAGCUUUAGAAUACUUUAUUUGUAUAGCGGAAGCAUGUUUACUUGCUAAUUAAAUUUUUAGAAUUUGGAUGUUUAGGUUAAAGCCUGCCUGCUGUGGAUGUUUUUUGUUCAAUAAAGUAAAAUGUCUAUGUGCUGUAUUUUA